AUGAUGGAGGAAUUCGUUCUCCUGCGACGUGCUACUGACAACCAAGGAGAUUGCGUUCGUGUCCUGAGAGUUGCUGAUCGGAUUGAGGCAGAGCUAGGUGAACUGAAACGCCUAGCUCUUACGGAGAACAAGCGUCACAGGGGAGUGGAACUGAACAUCGUAAUCGCGCUUGUCGUCCUCCUCGCAGGCUUCAUCAUAGCCUGCGGAUGCAUGAUUAUGGCGAUUUCCGACGUUUCGAACGCCGCCGGCGAUUUCCUCUCACUUAUAUCUCCGCCGCCUGUGGAUAAUUCGUAUAAUCGUCGCUGCUGUAAAAAUCUCCAAGUUCAUCUCUCAUCUCCCGUCCCGCUAGUAACGACCGUAAGCUAUUUCCCUCUUGUAUCAACUUUUGCAGAUUCCAGUGUUCCACUUCACCGUACUAACGAAUUAGCCUUUCGUCUUGAUAUCCUCCGCCACCUAUACUCCAUUGUCGUUGAUGUACUUCAGCAUAUCGUCGUUGCCAUACUUCCUCCAUCAUCUUCACCAUACCCCGGCGUGGUACCGAGUAUAGCGGUAAACUAG